ACUAGCCUCUCUGAUCACCAAAUUGCUUAUGUUUCCCUUGGUGAAGAGCACUCUGCUUGCAUCACUACCCAAGGGGGCCUUUUCACGUUUGGAGCCGGAGGUUUCGGUCAAUGCGGACACGGUAAAAAUACCAAUGAAAUCAAUCCCCGCCAGGUGUUUGAGCUGAUGGGCAGCUGCAUUGUCCAGGUCAGUUGUGGCCGGUGCCACACUAUUGUAGCAACAGAAACCGGAAAAGUUCUAGCGUUUGGCCUUGGCGCAAGUGGGCAGCUGGGAAUCGGAAAUACUCACUCAAAAGCAGUUCCUUGCGUUGUCUCCGGCAAAUGGGUGGAAAUAAACUUAAAGGAUCUGCUACCUCGAAGUGCCGAUCGAUCACUCUGUGCUGUUGACAAGAAGCAACCAGAGACUAAUUCAGAUGUUUCUGUUGAGCAAUCUGGCAACUUUGAAGCAUUCACUCAACCCAUUGCAUCAAAUGUUCCAGUUAUUGAUUCUGAAAUGGAAAUUGAAGAGUUAAUCGAAGAAGAGAAAGAUUCUGAACCAAACGUUGAAAGCAAUUUUAUCAUCGAAGAGCCAGAUGAUAGUAGCUCUCAAUCUUCCAAUCUUCUUCCUAGCUUUCUUUGCAAAGACGACCACACCAUUUUCACAAACCUCGAUCACAUUGAAAUUGAUGAGUAUGAAACAGAUCCCGAUUCAGACUCUGAGGAAAUGGAAGUUCUUGAACGGAAACAAAAUGUCCUGUAUUUCGUUGUUGCAAGCAAAGGCGAUCAAAGUUUUGUCAUAACUCAAAAAUAUUCUGAAACGGCUCGCGCAAAAGACUUUCGAAAGUGUGACAACGAUUUAUUUGAAAUUGCAAUGCUUGACAAUACUAUCUUUGAACAGUUUAAAAACGUGCCUAAAGACGAAUCAAUUCCAUUGGAUAUUGUAGCGUUCAUUGAAGAUACAAUGGGGUCCGUUCGAUGUUGGAAUGCAAGCUACAUUAGCGAUUAUAAAAUAGAGGCUGUCUUGGACUCAAAANAGAUACAAUGGGGUCCGUUCGAUGUUGGAAUGCAAGCUACAUUAGCGAUUCUAAAAACGAAACUGGCUUGGACUCGAAUAAGAUUGCUAAGAUUGCCAAAUACUCGGCUGUGUUUGGAGAAAAGUUCUUAA